AUGAAUCCAGUCCAAAUUGGUUGUUUGAAGCCAAAAAUUUUUUUGGUUAAAGGUUUUUUUAGUAAAUUUAAUUUUGGGAAAUUAUUUGAACAAAGUGAAAAUGUUUUAGAGAAGUUUAAAAAAUUUUUAUGCUUGGAAAAUCCUCGAGGAACAUUAGAAUGGUUGGACAAUUUUGACUUAAACAAAAAUUACCAAUUUGAAAGCCGAGAAUUUUUGAUUUCCGACGUGGAAUUAGAAACUUUGUGUCGCCAGAGAGGUUACAACUUUUCUGUAAAAUCAGAACUUGAAGAACUAGACGUACCAACGUAUAUAUUGAAGCAAAAAUGGGGAAUUAAUUUACUGGAGUCAUUUAAAAUUGACCGAAAGCCUAAAGCUCCAGAAAAUGAAAUUGAUUCUUCGCUAAAAAUGAUUCCAACACCAGAAAAUUUGGACAUAGAUAUUGAGACUCCUCCAAAAGAAGAAAAGAGUAAAAUUGAAGAGCAAGAUGACGUAUCAGCUUGGCACGAAGUGUUCACAAGGACCGUCCAACAUAUCAAAGACGUGGGUGAAUUUGUUUCAAAGCUGAGCAACGAAAAGAACGAACCGAAAGUAAAAUUUUCAAUUUUGCCUGAACCACCCGGUCCAAGAGCUGAUAUCGCGAUUGUCAGAUCCGCUGAUGAUUUCAAGAGAUUGACGGCUUUGAAAAAUAUUUUGGUAUCUGAGAAUUUCAUCCACCAACACUCUCCCCAGCCUCGGAUUCUUGUUCAUGAAUUUUUCAGGGGACCAAUUAAGAGCCGAAACUCUGAAUAUUUAUUGAAUUUUUUAAUUAAAGCAAAUCGGAGAAAAAAGCUCGAAAGAUCGACGAAGGAAAUGGAAGUUUAUGAUCUGUUUGAGAAAAUAGUUUGCGGAAAAAGGAAGUCGCAAAACAGAGGCACUAAGAGGGUGAUAAUCGUCGACGCGGAACUGGGAUCGAACUAUCCACCCGGAUGUCGAAUCAACCGAGCGCAGUGUCGCUGGCGCCAUUAA